GUUUUAGUUCUUGCCCAAUGUUCACUACGUUGAAAAACUCUCGUGGAGAAGGCGGGCUGUAAGCUGCAAGAAAAAAUAUAACUUAAAUAUUUGAAAAUUUUGUUCUUUUAAAACAAGAAAAAAAUUCUUUCACAACCCUAGUGACCUAUGAAAAAUAAAUUCAUAUAAAAAAAGAUUAAAAUUACAAUUGUGAAAAAAAACUCCUUGCUGAGAACUAGCAUUUUUGUAUCCUGUCGAUCUGUGCAUUUGGUCAAACUUUUCCAAUUUCUCGUCCUCAAAUAUAUAUUUCAACUUAGAAAAAAAAAAACUAGAGCAAUAUGUCCGAUCGCAAAGCUGUCAUUAAAAAUGCUGAUAUGAGCGAAGAAAUGCAACAAGAUGCUGUUGAUUGUGCGACACAAGCUUUGGAAAAGUAUAACAUCGAAAAGGAUAUAGCCGCAUACAUCAAAAAGGAAUUUGACAAAAAAUACAAUCCCACAUGGCAUUGUAUUGUAGGAAGAAAUUUCGGUUCAUAUGUGACACACGAAACUCGCCAUUUCAUUUAUUUUUACUUAGGCCAGGUGGCUAUUCUGUUGUUUAAGAGCGGUUAAAAUAAAAAAAAAUACUAUUAACAAAUGAAUGAAAAAAAUAAUAAAAUACUUUAAAAAUCAUUUAAAAACCAAGGAGCGAUUACUCCUAAGGCUUCUGUGUCUCUUUCAGGAAGAAAACUAUUCCUUCUGAUUUAGUAAAAAUGAAGCUUUUGCUUUUAUUUAAUUUUUUUUAUAUUUUGUUUAACAAAAUAUGAAUAAAACCCCACACAAAUUUAGAAAUAAGACACAAAUAAAUUUAAAUUUUCCAUCCACAUAAAAAAAUUAUAAAUAAAAAGAAUUUCUAACAAAUCAAAUUAUUAAUUAUAAUAAAAGAAAAUAUAGAGCAAGAAAUUUUAAAUAAUUUCCAAACAUUAGUAGAAUUUUACUUAAAAUUAAUACAAAUUAUGUAAAGUAAAAAAAUAUAAUACAAAACACCGUGCAACAACAGAAAAGGCGGCAAAGAAAGAAAUAUUUAUGUAAAUGUAACUAAAAAGAAAAAAAAAAGAUGUCCAAAUUAGUUAUAUAAAAAAUAAAUAAAAUAUAAUUUUUUAUCCUUCAUAAACCAACAAAUAUAUAUACAUAAAAGAAAUACUUAACUUACCUUGUAUACGCUUUUCUGUUGAAUUAUUAUUUGUUUAAGUUUGUCAUUUUUUUUUCAGAAAAAAACUGGAAAUGUCAAACAAAAAUCUUUAUUAAUAUAUUAAAUUAUAUCAAACAUAAAUAAACUCGUGUUCUUUGUUGUAAAGUGUAAAUUCCUCUUUUACGAGGCAUAUAUUAUACCCUUUUCAUAUGUUGCUCAUGGUUAUCUUUAUUUCACCUGAAGUCGGUUGUGUUCAAUGCCUCUACUUUAGAGGCUUAUUGCUCGAAAAUUAUAUUGAAUUUAUGAUUUUGUGCUUCUUACUAAGUUUUUUUUUUAAUCUAAAAAAAUGCGUUAAAUAUGUAUAAACCGUUUUGUUGGACUAUUAUUUAUAUAUUUUCUUUGUAUUGUUUCUACUUUUAUGAAUUCAAAUAAAGUACACAUUUUUUAUUUUAUCAA